AUGGAAACAUUCACCUUGCACAAUAUGCUCAUAAAUUCCACUGAUAUUUACAAACUAUUAUGCGGCCUUGGAAUAAAGAACGAUUCAGAUUGCUAUGGUGAAGUGGACUUGCAACCGGAGUUGAAAGAUGCAAACCAGACGGUGCGGAUCGUGCUAUACAGUGUGAUCUUCCUCCUGAGUGUGCUGGGCAACACCUUGAUCAUCACUGUGCUGGUGCGAAACCAGCGCAUGCGAACUGUCACCAACCUAUUCCUCCUGUCACUGGCUGCUAGCGACCUCAUGCUCUGCAUUUUCUGCAUGCCCUUCACUCUCAUUCCCAACGUCAUGCGCAACUUCGUCUUCGGCAGCGGCAUGUGCAAGGUGGCCAUGUACUUCAUGGGCAUCUCAGUGACAGUGUCUACUUUCAAUCUGGUGGCUAUCUCACUGGAGCGCUACAGCGCCAUCUGCAAUCCACUCAGCUCUAGGACUUGGCAGACCAAGUCUCACGCCGCCAAGGUCAUCUCUUCCACCUGGGUUCUCUCCUUCCUGCUCAUGCUGCCUUACCCUAUCUUCAGCACCCUGGUACCUCUCAAACAUGACAACAACAGCACAGGAAACAUGUGCCGGCUCGUAUGGCCCAGCGACGUGAUUCAGCAGUCCUGGUAUGUGUUCCUUCUGCUGCUCCUCUUCCUGGUUCCAGGCAUAGUCAUGAUGACAGCCUAUGGGCUCAUUUCCCUGGAACUUUACAGGGGAAUUAAAUUUGAUACUAUGAACAGGAAAAGCAAUAGAGAGAGACAGGCUGCCAUAGGAAGCCUGAAGCCCAGCGAUGGAGACGGCUGCUACUUACAGCCUUUUAAGAAGGAUCAGCUACACUUGCAGCAGUCAAGACAACCCAACCCCCAGGGGGUGGUCGCAUCUGACAGCAACAAGCCCAAGCUUAGCCGUGUAUGUAGUAACAGCUCUACAGCUAACUUAAUGGCCAAGAAGAGGGUUAUCCGUAUGCUCAUUGUAAUCGUUAGCCUCUUCUUCCUUUGCUGGACUCCGGUUUUUACUGCCAACGCCUGGCGGGCUUUUCACCAGCACUCUGCCAUCCAGCUGCUGUCAGGGGCUCCCAUAUCCUUCAUCCAUUUGCUGUCCUACACCUCUGCUUGUGUCAACCCCAUCAUUUACUGCUUCAUGAAUAAGCGCUUCCGCCUGGGCGUCCUUGCCACCUUCAGUUGCCGUGACCGCCUCCCACCUGGACACCUUAACCAUGGGCCCACCACAUUCCGAGAGACAGAUGAUAAUGGCACCUUCACACGCCUCACAUACAGUAGUAUACGUGAUUAUGCCCAGGCAUAA